CGGGACGGGGGAAAGGGCCCGAUCCCUGCCGGGCGGACCGGGUGGCGAUGGCGCUGCUGCUCCUGCUGCUGCUGCUGGGGGCUGCGGCCAGCCCGGGGGGCGGCUCCGGCCUGCAUUCACUGCACUAUUUCUCCAUGGGGGUGUCGGAGCCCGGCCCAGGGCUGCCCCAGUUCAAAGAGGCUGGGUACGUGGACGAUCAGCUCAUCUACCGCUACGACAGCGAGAGGCAGAGAGCGGAGCCUGGCGCGGAAUGGAUGGCGCGGAACGUGGGACCGGAGUACUGGGAGGAGGAGGCACACAGAUCACAGGGCUGGCUGCCCCAGUUCCGAGCGAACCUGAACACCCUGCGCGAGCGCUACAACCAGAGCGGGGGAUUUCACACUUUCCAACUGAAGUACGGCUGUGAGCUCCAGGAUGACAGCGCCAAAGGGGUUUUUUUUGAGUACGCCUACGACGGGCGAGACUUCAUCAGCUUCGAUAUGGGCCAAGGGGCCUGGGUGGCAGCAGAUGACGGGGCUCAGAUCACCAAACAGAAAUGGGAUGCUGACAGGAGCAUCGCUCAGAGAGAGAGAACCUACAUGGAGCAGGAGUGCAUCGAGUGGCUGGGGAAGUACCUGGAGUACGGGAAGGAGACGCUGCAGAGGAGAGAGCCACCGCGGGUGCAGGUGGGCGACCGGCCGAGCCGGGACGGGCUCACCACCCUCUCUUGCCGGGUCCACGGCUUCUACCCGCGGAGCGUGGCUGUCGUGUGGCUGAAGAAGGGGGUGGCCAUGCCGCAGGAGACGAUCCAGUGGGGGGUGCUUCCCAGCGGGGAUGGGACCUACCAGACCCGGGCCACCAUAGAGAUCGACCCCAGCAGUGAGACCGAUUAUACCUGCUGUGUGGAGCACCCCACCCUGGUGCAGGAUCUGAGAGUGCCCUGGGUGCCCAAGUCCAACGUGAAGCUGAUCGUGGGUGUUGUUACUGGGGUUCUCGUGCUGGUUGCUGCCGUCGCUGGAGCUGUUAUCUUCCUCAGUAAGUGCCGGGUGGGGCACCGACGCGCCAUCUGGAAGAAGGAAGACGGCUACAAAGCGGCUCCAGCUCACGAAGGUUCCUCCAGCUCCGGCGAAGUGCAGCCGCUCGGCCAGGACAGCGUCACCCCCAUCCUGCAGCAGGGAAGUGACCAGGGAUCAAACACCUGCAUCAAGGCGUAA